AUGUCUAACUUUGACGAAGACUUUUUCAAAGAUCUCUUGAGGGAAGAACGAGAAGAAUGCCUCAAAGGCCCAGGUAUCGAUUUGGACCUUCACGAACAGUUUGUUGAAGCAUGUCAAGCGUUUCAGGAUGCUAAAGAUGCAAAAGAUGCUGCGGAAGCUGACCUAGAAGAAUCGACAAGAGCUGGUGACACGGCAGCAAAGGCUGAAGCACAGGAGAUGUUGACAAUGUGGAGUAAAGCGCUGAAAGAUUCGCUCCAAUCUUGCGUCGAUGCAGCCAAACCAAUUCUUGAGGCUGUGGACUUGACUGAAUAUGACUUGGAAAUGUCCCUCCUGCGAACUGCGAUUCUGACGAGAGCAACAUCUAAGGGGCUGGCUAAGUUUGCCAAUGAUAGCGACUUGAAUGGACAACUAAUUGAGACUCUUUUGAAUAACAAAAAGAUCAUGAAGGAGAUGAUCCUACAUGGAGGAGCAAGAAAGAAUGAAUUUGGAAUGUGCAUGAAGUUGUAUACUCAGAUAAUGGCUGGUAUUGAAAAGGAUAGAUUUCACAAAGUUAACAAGAAACUGGCAAUGGCUGCCGCGCUGGAAUUUUGUUCCAAGCAAUCUGAGUUUGACACUUCUGUCGAUGUUAAUGCACAAAAACGCUUCUCCCACUAUGACAAGGCUCAUCGCAAAGGGGAGCUGGAUCCUGCGUUCACUCACUUUACGACUUGGGAGUAUCGAAUGGCAAUAAGCAGCGAUGCGCCGAACGAGCAGCUGAAGUGGGGACGGAAGAUGCAAAUGAAUUUCUGUCCGCACAUUGCCACCAUCUACAAUGAAAAGUUCCGCUACUGCUACCAGGUUUCGAGUGAUGUGGGCUAUCGUGACCCGACCUGGACUUCUUCACCCAGAACUUAUCAGCAGGUUCUGAGUGGCGGUGGUAGAGAGGGGCCCCGAGCCUGGUUUGGCCGCUAUAUUUGUAGGGCAUUUGGCAUACCUGUGUGGGGUGCAAAACAACCGGGAAAUAUGUCAAUGGCAAGAUGGACUCCGAAAGGAUGGGAAUUUUAUCUUGGUAAAGAUGGUGACUGGGACAUUAGUUCAUGGGAAGAUCGAUCGGGUGUUGACUUUUACGAGGAAUGUCGAGCACGUAGCGCUGUGAGUGAGCAAGAGUACUUUGAGAGAGUAGUCUUACUUGAGUGUUUGGCCGAUGCUUGCAAAGAGAAAAACAAGAAACCAGAGGAAACAGGAUUCGUGAAUCCGAACAAGGUAUGGAGGUCUCUCGCUUUAAUGCAACGGAGAAUUUUUGCGGAAAGUUGCACGGAAGAUUCAUUUCAGCGAACAGGCCCAGGAGUAGUAGUGUCCAAAAUCGAAAAGUACAUUCAAGAAAUUGACGAACAAAAUCCACGACUUCCCAUCGAACAAGACAAAAAGGGGGUGAUCGUAAUUCCAGCGAGCUCAUUCACGUCCUCUAGUGAUGAUAGGCACGUGAGAAAUAUGAAGUCCUUUGGUGGUGGUUCCCAGCUUCAUCUUGCGGACGGAGAGGGCUACGUAACCUACGAUAUCCCAAGUGAAAUUAGCAUCGCACCAGACAAGAAGUAUAUGUUAUCAGCUAAGGUAUGCAGUGUGCACCUUGAACAACAGCCUUUGCAAUUUGAAGUUAACGGUGGAGAGACAUUUUGUCUCGAGGUUCCAUACACCGUUGGAGAAUGGGGAACUUCGGAGCAAACAGAAGUCGCCAUUGGGGGUAUGAAGAAGCUGAAAGUUUUUCGCAAGUCCUCCCCGACCUGUUUUGGAUUGUCGAUUCAGAGCUUUACAUUAACACCGUAUUAA